AUGGAACGAGCAACCUCCAUAAUCAAUCAUAUCCAGCCCCCAACUUUUGGAGACCUAAUCACCAUUCUCAGCAUCGAUGGAGGAGGAAUCAGAGGAAUCAUUCCAGCAACCAUUCUAAGCUUCCUGGAGUCUCAGCUUCAAGAGCUGGAUGGUGAGGAUGUGAGACUUGCAGACUAUUUUGAUGUGAUUGCAGGGACGAGCACGGGUGGCCUUGUAACCGCCAUGUUAACCACACCUAACGAGAAUAACCGUCCUUUGUUUGCUGCCAAAGAUAUCAAGGACUUCUACCUUACUCACUGCCCGAAGAUCUUCCCACAAUGCAGAGGCCCGUUUUCUUCAGCUGUUAAGAUGUUCAAAGCAAUAUCAGGACCCAAAUACAAUGGCAAGUAUCUUCAUGGCCUUUGCAGAGAAAAGCUAGGAAAGACACGGUUGCACCAGACCUUGACACACGCCAUCAUUCCAACUUUCGACAUCAAGAAGCUGCAGCCCACCAUCUUCUCCACCUAUGAGGUAAAAUCGAAACCAUAUUUGGAUGCGGAACUCUCAGAUAUCUGCAUCGGCACAUCCGCAGCUCCAACUUACCUUCCCACCCACUGUUUUGAAACCAAAGAUUCUCAAGGGAACGUAAGGGAAUUCAACCUCAUCGAUGGUGGUGUUGCUGCUAAUAAUCCGGCAUUGGUGGCCAUGGGUGAAGUUACAAGGCAGGUUUUCCGAGGGAACCCAGAUUUCUUCCCAAUCAAACCAAUGGACUAUGGUAGAUUUCUAGUCAUCUCGCUGGGAACUGGAUCAAUGAAGAUGGAUGAGAAGUACAGUGCGAGCCAGGCGAGCAAGUGGGGAGUUAUGGGAUGGUUGCUUAGCGGCGGUUCCACUCCGUUGGUGGAUGUGUUUACUCAGGCAAGUGCCGAUAUGGUUGACAUCCACAUAUCAGUUCUCUUUCAAGCCCUUCAUUCCGAAUCUAACUACCUUCGGAUUCAAGAUGAUACAUUAAGCGGGACAGUUUCAUCCCUUGACUUUGCGACCAAGGAAAACUUAGAUAAUCUUGUAAAGAUCAGCAAAGAGUUAUUGAAGAAACCAGUUUCGAGGGUGAAUUUGGAGACGGGUAUCUUCGAACCUGUCAAGAAUGAAGGCACCAAUGAAGAAGUUCUCAAAAGGUUUGCCAAACAGCUUUCGGAAGAAAGGAGGCUCCGCGAAAUGAGAUCUCCACACACAAAAUUAUUCAAAUCCAAUUAA